AUGGCAAGUGCUGAAGGCUUGCAUUUGACACUUGUUUUCUUCAACGCUUUCUUGUCUUUCACCGCCAUCGUAUUAAACAUCAUAACAAUGCAAGCGCUCAGAAAAACGUCGUCGUUGCCUAAGACUUUAAAAACAUUGCUACUAAGCUUGGCUGUGUCUGAUCUGGGUGUAGGCUUACUUGUCCAACCACUGUAUGUUGCAAUUCUUGUGAUGGAAAUAAAACAAAACACAAACAGUACUGCUUAUCAUACAAUAAAGAAAGCGCUUUUAAUCCAGGGAAGAACAUUGGUCUUUGCUUCGCAUUUUGGUGUUUUUGGAUUAGCUGUGGACAGAUUCUUGGCCAUUCAGCUUCAUCUCAGAUAUCAGGAGCUUGUGACUCACAAACGUGUUGUUGCUGUUGUGAUCUCAGUCUGGGUGUUUAGUGCAUCAAUUUCCAUCCUACGUAAAUUGUAUGAUAUUGAUAUUAUGCGAACGGUCAUUUUAGUUGUUUGUGUCGUAACUGCAGGAUUGCUUUAUUGCAAGAUAUACGCUUCCGUGAGACACCACACAAAUCAGAUUCACGCUCUGCAAGUUCAACAGGCGACACAGAAUGAAGAUAUGACAAAUGCCGCAAGGCUGAAAAAAUCUUCACUGGCUACAUUCUACAUUUAUUUCGUGUACUUAGUUUGCUAUUUGCCAUUUUCUUGUUUACUUUUUGCAAGGACCGUCAACGGUGAAACUCCCUUGUUAUCUCAUUUAUGGUAUAUCACAUUGACUCUUGUGUUUCUCAAUUCAUCCCUCAAUCCCUUAAUCUACUGCUGGAAGAUGAGACACAUUCGACAAACUGUUAUGGACAUACUUCGAAAUAUUUUCGCGAUUUUUCCCCACUAAAGAAAGGAUCUAACUGAGAAUAACUUAAUCGGCCUUUUUCUCUCCGAGUGGUGAAAAUAUUAGCUUUCCAGCAAUACAAUUGGAAAAAUGACACUGAAACCUGAAACCUCUUGUACUCUCUGUUUGAAGGCAAAGGGAUAAAUAUAUGAUCAAGUAUAAGUUCAUGAGAUUUCAGUUUGCUUUGCAAUAAUUAACAAAUAACGGAAACUCUGAAAGUAUUAUUUAUCAAAGUCCGAAAGAGGGCAAAGAGAAAAAACUAGUUAGUUUAGGACGAAUGACGAGUGACUUGAUAAACAGAGGGCCGAAUUUCCAAAUUUGCAUAGGCAAAACGUUCUGUGUACAGUAAAGUGGGUUUACUAGAUUUUGUUAAGGCCAUAUUAGUGCAUGCAAUGAAGAAAACUAACUAAAGAGGAGAGAGAUCAAAACUAUGUCAAUAAAUCUUGCAUAAUGAAUGUACCAAGAGUGGCAAAAAGAUUUACCGGUAUAACAACAACAACAACAAUACAUAAUAAUAAUAAUUAUUAUUAUUAUUAAUAAAAAUAAUAAGAAUAAUACUAAUAAGAAUAAUAAUGAUAAGAAGAACAACACGAGCCUAUUUGUUGAGAAAGACGAAAACUAGUAGUUUAUACUGUUGAGAAUAUAUAUUACAAUAUUUGUAACUGAUUCAUAUCAAUAAAGUUCACGUGAAAAAGUUAAGAUGUUUUGAAGAAUGGUAAAAAUAUACCGUUUAAUCAGGAAAGAGCUCUCCUGACAGCGCAACCGAUUGGAACAAAUGAUCGAUAGCUAAAUGACAUCAUAAUACUAAAAUACCAUGAUAUGGAACCACAAAACAGUCAUAAUAUGGCUCCAAUAUCAAGCAAAGAACUUCUUGCUCUGAGAUUACGUAGAACCAUAUUGUUUGACGAAACAAUUAAGUAUAAGGCCCAGGGUUGAACCUAUUCAGUUUCCUCAUGUCCCAGUUCAACGUCUUGCAAGCAACUCUCGGUACGUGCGUUUACAAUAAAGUUGAAACUUUUGUACGAGACCCCGUACUUAAUGUUUCCAUAGAUAUUUAGAAAGAGCGAGUCCAAAAAAGUAAUUAUUGUAACCAAUGAUAUAUAAUAGAACAACGGUAACAACGUGAAAAUGAAAAAAAAAAUUACAAAAUCGUAUAUUUUCCACUAUUCUUAAACUAAAAUGUGUUUUCUCCGACACAUUAAUUUUCCUGUUUGGUGGUUACGAGCGCUCUUUCAUAAUCAUUAAAGUUCGCCCACAAUUUCUAUUUCAAGGGAGGGAGGGAAGAAAAGCAUGCUCCUGUCAUUUGGCAACUUUUAACCGCAAAGAGAAACACAAUACAUACACACUUCAUACACACUGAAGUUUUUUUCUUUUGGCCUACAAUGCAACUUCUGGGUCCACUAAUAAAUGUGCCAGCCAAUAAAGACAAUAAAGUCUAAUGUUUUUACUACCUACAGUUAUCAUUUGUCAGGGAGGGGGGUGAGGCUAAUUAUUGUUACAUCAGUUUUAUCCAAAAAAACCCAUUUUGCCACUUCCUCGCGUAUACGUGUAUAAGUAGACAUUUUACAGGGAAAUAAGCGAGUUUUUUUGUUUAUUUGGUGCGCAUAAAAUUGGGGGCAAUGAUAUUGUUUUCGAUACAUUUUCAAUAAAAUAAAAUUGAGAAAUAGUCGAUUGUCGUUUAAAGCAUAUUCUGCUUUUUGCAACCCGAUUACCUAUCGAAUUGCUACGUCGUGUUGGCUGGUGUCAGAAAGUUGAGGCUACAAUGGAUAUUUUAAACAUUCUGAUCAUUUGCUACUGAUUAAACUUUGACACACAAGACAGUCCAAGACAGCAUGAUUUGUUUAAGUAACUACCUACUGUGUCUUUGUUUAACACCCUAGCUAGCAAGUUUUUUUUAAUGGAUAAUAAGUUUCUUAUCUUAACUCCUCCCUGUGACUCGUCAUAGAUCGUUGUUUAUCAAAAGGUCUGCCCCAUAUUGUUUGCAUGGGUCCAGUAAAUACAUUGGAUUUAGACUGCAAAACAGUCCGUAUUUUUGCGUAUUCAGGUACGCGCGAGCAGUCAAACAAAAGGUCUGGAACAAGGCUGAAAACAGAGAGCGAGACUGGGGACAGACGGUUUUUUUUUCUCUCGCCUCACACGCCCGAAAGGGUGUGUGUGACUGGCGCUCUUCGAGCGCGUAAGACUCUUACGCCACGCUUUUCCGAUUUCUUUACUAAUUCUGAGAAAAAAACCGACUGUUCUGCAGUCUACAUUGGAUUGGUUUUCGACGUGAUAGUCGGUUUUUCCUAUAAACCAUCGUUAAACUCUUUCUUUGUGUAUGACUUUGUAUUAGCGAUUGAUUGCAACCAGCUGCUGUUGAUAAAGCGAUUUUCGUAUGAUCUUGAAACGAAAACGCGCGAACCAAACCGGAUCAACAAACGAACGAAAUAGGGCGAUUUGAUUGGUUGAUCGAACGGAUACAAACCCGCGUUGCUUUUGGUUGCUUAAGCGAACGCUUGGGUGAAAAAAGUUCACGCCCGAGAACUUUCUAGAAAUCAAUCGAUACUUCGGUUUGACGUCAUACUUCAACACGAUUGGCUAAUCGAACAAUGCCUUCUCCAUAUUAGGGUUUUCUUUGGCGGGAAAACGAAGAGGUCAUGUUUUGAUCCUUUCAUCCAUUGGCUGAUAAAACAAAUAACGAACACUUACCGAAACCAUUUUUUAAGGUCAUACGAAAAUCGCUCUACUUUGAUAUUGCUUCAGUAGUUUCAAUCUCUUCCUUUUUGACCGACGAACUUCAACACUUAGUUCGACCUAUCGCGUUUGGGUUUAAAUGAAAAUAUAUUCAAAUUACUGUGUGAUGAGGACGUCAUAUUUAAAUUCUGAAUUACGGGCUCUAGUAAGACGUAGUUUUAAUUCCAAACAAGUGAAUAUUUCCGAUGCUAUGAGUACAACUUUAUGUUUUAAUAGAGGGAGAAAAUAUCGUCUUGUUUAUUAAAUGCGCAUUAAAUUGCGAGCAAUGAUGAAAUUUCUUUAUAUUAAACUAAAAAAACUGGAGAUAAUAUGAUUCACGUUUUGAUAGCUGCCUCGGAUGAAUUUAAUACCACCAUCCAUUAAGUUAAUAAAGCAUGACAGUAUAUUGUUCUUGAAUACUAUUUUAGUAAAAUGAAAUUGAAACAUACUUUCCGAGUUGAUUGUAGCUUAAGACAUGUAUUCCUUUUUUGGAACAUGAUUACUAAUUGAAUUGCCACCUGGUGUUGGCUGGUUUCAUUAAGAUGAGACUGCAAUGAAUGUUUUAAACGUUCUGAUCGUUUGCAAAUGGUCAAGUCUGACACAUAUAACCUGAGAUCAGGCGUUAUUAUUAUUAUUAUUAUUAUUAUUAUUAUUAUUAUUAUUAUUAUUAUUAUUAUUAUUAUUAUUAUUAUUAUUAUUUUGCUUCUUUGCUCCUUUGGCGAGAGAGGGAAAAAAUAACGCCUGAUAUAUUCAUUUAACAAGCCAUCAACCGCUCCCUAAUUUCCAUAAUCUAACUUCUGCUUGACCUGUCAUGUUAUUAGCCAAUCAGCGGUUACCAGGACGGGAAUAAAUUUUGGUGGGAAUAAUGUCUCUUUCGCCGAAAUCAACUUUGGUGAAGAGAAAAUUUUUAAGUACCUGCAGAUGGCGCUUCCUAAAAAAAAAAUUUAAAUACUUUUUUUACCUUCAUUUAACGCCUACAAAUAAUAAAGAAUUUACAAGCUCGUUGACUUCCUUCUGUGGCGAAAGCAGUGAAAAAAAAUAAGGUUCGAGCAUCAUAUUUCACAGCACAGUGCUGUGAAAGCGAAGAUCGCUCAGACUAAUUCGCAGGUUUCUGAAGGAGGAACUACAGUCAAACCAGGUCGAGAUUCCAUUCAUGAAUUGAUUAUUUAAAACGUGAACCCGUUUGUCGCUUCUGUAACUUGUAGCCGGUAUCAAAUUACAUUCAAAUGAUCGGCGAAUUUUUGACUGCAAUUUUUAGUAAACGAUGAAAUGGAAAAUAUUUCAAUGUAUGAAAUUUCUAUUUAGACAUUCUUUAAAUUCAAGGAUACUGAGUUGGCAGAAAUUUCAUAACGAACUCGCGUGUGUAUUAACUGCUCAUUACGCAAGCAAAAAGCAGACUGAAAUCAACAACAACUAACGGAUGGCGGCGUUUUGGCAAUCGGAACAGCGCAGAUCAUCCGUAUUGUUUUCUAUCCAAUCAGGAAAAACUCCAGAUUCUGGCUUUUUUGCAUGUGACCUGUGAAAGAAAUGUAUCAUGCCCUCCUUCCGAAAACAGAUUACAGAGAUCAAGGGAGAAGGCAUGAUCUCAGGCUAGACACGUAUGACCGAAUAAUUUGUCAAGUUACUACCCACUGUGGCUUUGUUUUAAAACCCUAGGUAGUAAGGUUUUUUUUUCUCAACCACCAGUCCUAAGACUCGUCGUAAGUCGUAUUUAAUUAAAAUUUGUUCGUUUUUAUAGUUGUUACUUGAGUUCAGCAAACAAGUUGGAUGGGUGUCCGACCAAGAGAGGAUAAAGGGGACAGAGAAGGCAUCCCCCAUACACACCCUAUUCCAUAGGUAAUUCGUCUAGAGUUAUUUUUAACACCACAGAUUUCAAGGGGGAUUAGACAACAGGCAAUCACAUAGCGCGAAUGUGUUACGCGUGGAUGACCCACGCUGAGAGCCACGCGUCCUUCACGAAAUGACGCAGAACAAAAUGGGGGAAGACGCGGAGAGCAAUUUUGCUAUUCCUUUUGUCGACGAAAACGACUACAGCGAGAUUUCUGCGAAAGCUGUGUCAGCGAAACGGAAAUUAAAAAAGAAUCGCCCUUCCUCUCUUGUAUAGAGCUAAAAGUACAGCGGGGAAAUCCUUAACACACUGAACAUUCUCUCAGGAUCAUUUAUAAUUUACAGUUUGAAGAGAGCAAUUUCUGGUUUGAUAUUUAUUCCUUUGUUAGUCUUUUAUUAUUCAACAAAAAUAACACUUGGCGUCCUACGUGCCUUAUUAGGGACUUUAAGAUCCAACGGCGCGACGGCGACAAGAACGUCGCUUAAAAAGUGAAUUUGAGUUUUUUCGGUCUUCAUAGCGAUUAUUCCUACCCACUUACUUUGUCAAUUGUAGGCGAACCCUCCUUAAGCUGAAUUUCAAGGGACCAUAUUCAAGCUCAGAAAGAGAAAUAAAAUUUCGUCGUUGCUUGUUUACGUCCUCCAUAAAACGCGAAAUUAGGCAUUUUCGUGUCGUAGUCGUGCAAAAACGGGAAAGAAAUGAACAAAAACGUGUGUUGCACGUGCGAAGUUGUUGUGUUGCUAAUUAAACCUUUUUUUUUUUUUUUUGACGUUCUAGUUGUCGUCAGCGUCGUUGGAUCUUAAACUCCCUUUUUUACAAACGACCGGUUUCAAUAGACCGGCGAAAUUUCUCAUUUUAUUAAAGCACUGAGGUUACGACAACUUCGAGUUAAACUGAUUUCACGGGUUGUCAAAGAGUCCAGCGUCUCCUUUUUCCCAGGUGAGCGCCGGCUCAUUUCGCUUCAAUAUUCAGGAAUGCUCUCGAUCUUUUUACGCUUUCAUUGCCUUAAGCCCGACAUGUGUUGCACGGCGUUUAGUCAUGCGAAACCCCACGAAACAUCCACGCCUCGCGCAAGGUAACUUUAUCCCGAUUCUAAAAAUAACUCGAGACGAAUUACCUACGGAAUAGGGUGUGUAUGGGGGAUGCCUUCUCUGUCCCCUUUAUCCUCUCUUGUGUACGACCUAACAGUCUGUUUUUCCUAUAAACUAUCACUAGACUCUUUCUGUUUGACUGUUUAUUUGCGAUCCUUUGCAAACCAAGUGCCUUUUCUAAUUUAAUAUUGCGUUAGUAGUUCAAAUAACUUUCUUCCAUUUGACUGACGAACUCUCAACACCUACAAAGCUCGACCUUUCGCGUUUCUGUUAAAAGAAAGAUAUAUUCAAAUUUCUGUGCAAUGAGAAGAACCCCGAGCAUUGCACAGACAGUUUUAAUUUCAGAUAAGCUGAAAUUUUAGAUGUUAUGAGUGCGUUUUAGGGACUCUCUUAUACCAUUGGCUGUAUUUAUACUAGUCAAGAGUACGUCUAAGACGUCUGAGAGGUUUAAGUCGUUGCUUCUAAGCCUGUGUAUUUCUGAUCGAGGUGUAGGUUUUCUUAUGCAGCCACUUUAUGUUGCAUAUCUUACGAUGGAAAUAACUAAAAACAGUACAAAGACUGACAACAUUAUUGCUUAUUGGGCUGUUGUUAAAGCAUAUGCCAUCCCUCACAGUUUACUUGUUUUUGCCUCAUUUUUUGGUGUUUUCGCGAUAACCGUUGACAGAUUCUUGGCCAUUCAUCUUCACAAUCUCAGAUACCCGAAACUUGUGACUCACAAACGGAUAGUUGCUGUAGUGAUCUCAUGCUGGGUGUUCAGUGUAAUUGCUUGCUUCUGGUAUGAAUCGAUAAGUGUUUUUCCUGUGAUGUCAGUUGUUUGUAUCAUAACUACGGGAUUGCUUUAUUGCAAGAUAUGCGCAGCCGUAAGACACCACACAAACCAGAUUCGCGCUCAGCAAGUACCUGACCAAGUAGCUCAGAAUGGAGACAUGGCAAAUAUAAUGCCGCAAGGCUGA